CGCCGAUGACGUCAUAAUGUGACGUCACGCGUUUCCAGUGCUAUGGCGUACCAGGAAGAGGAGACGCUCGAGUCUUGGCUCAAUAAAGCCACCCAUCCAACAAACAGGCAGGAGGACUGGGAGUACAUUAUAGGCUUCUGUGAUCAGAUCAACAAGGAACUAGAAGGUCCUCAGAUAGCAGUAACAUUACUCGUCCACAAAAUCCAGUCACCACAAGAAUGGGAAGCAAUUCAGGCUCUAACAGUAUUGGAGGCAUGCAUGAAGAACUGUGGGAGAAGGUUUCAUAAUGAAGUAGCAAAAUACAGAUUUUUGAAUGAGCUGAUAAAAGUUGUGUCUCCAAAGUACAUGGGUGACAGCGCGCCCGAAAAGGUGAAGAUGAAGAUCAUAGAGAUGCUGUACAGUUGGACGGUUGUUUUUCCAAACGAGGCCAAGAUAAUUGAAGCCUAUGAGACACUGAGAAGACAGGGCCUCGUCACACGGGACUUGGAGUUACCGCUGGACAGGACUCUGAUUUCCUCUCCACCGACACGGCCCAAACAUCCGGUGUUUGACAAUGAAGACAUGGGCAAGCUACUCACUGAACUUCUCCGGAGUAAAAACCCAGAGGAUCUGCAGGAAGCCAACAGGUUGAUCAAAAACAUGGUGAAAGAGGACGAGGCGCGCGUGCAGAAGGUUACGAAGCGUAUGCACACGCUGGAGGAGGUGAACAUCAACGUCAAGCUGCUGACUGAGAUGUUGAUCCAUUACAGUAAAGAUGGCUCCAGUGACUCGGACAAGGAGAUCAUGAAGGAACUUUACGAUCGCUGUGAAAAGCUGCGUCGUGCUGCUUACAAAAUGGCCACUGAAACGGAGGACAAUGAUGCCAGUUUGGGCGACAUUCUUCAGGCCAGCGAUGACCUCUCCAAGGUCAUCAACUCCUAUAAGAAGGUCAUCGAGGGGCAACCAAUUAGCGACGACCCUGGUGACCCUCAUUCCACAGCCGGCCCCCAGGUAGAAGAAAUCACUGACACACUAAUCGACCUCACAGACCUGGACGCUUCAAGCCCUCCUCAACUCGCACCCCCUCCUUCGCAGUCCUCUGUUCUCAUCUCAACCAAUCCCGCAGCUGUCCCCAUCCCUGUGUUGCCUCCUCCUCCUAAACGCCUGGGUGGGUCCCACGGAAGUCAGACCAGCAGCCCGAGUCACCCAGUGCUGGAUAAGGCCUCUGCUUCCCUCUCUCUGCUUGACGACGAGCUGCUGUCCCUGGGACUGACUGACCCGCCUUCUGUGAGCAGCCAAUCAACACCCAAGUUGAAUGAGACGUCACGUCAGUGGAGCUCCUUGCAGAUGUCAGCGACAAGUGCAGUCAUGUUUGACAGCAUGGCUUGUUCUGGUCCAGUGUUGCCCUCAGCUGAACCAUCUGCCACCACGCACAAUCUCCAGAACCUUCAGGAUCUCUCUAUGAUUGGCUUUGGAGAACAGAAGAGUUUGUCCGGACAAAUGACGAGGGGAAGCAGCUUUGGGACACCCAUGGCUGCACCUCCUCUCUUACUUGCACAAGGCUCUCCCUCUUCAUCUGCACUCCUUCAGGGUUCACUACCCGGUUCUCCUGCUGUGUCUCAUAACAAAGCAAAGACCCUGGCCUCGGCCCCCGGCAGCCCAUUGUUCCGCUCGCUAUCCCCCUGCCACCCUCCUCUCCAGGGAAGCCCCAUCAAAGCUACAGAGGUCUCCAUGAGCAACGUGCACGUUCCUCUGGAGGCCAUCAGACCGAGUAAAGUGCUGCCUGUGACAGCCUACGACAAAGAUGGAGUUCGCGUGCUGCUCAACUUUGCUUCUGACUGUCCCCCUGGCCGGCCUGAUGUGCUAGUGAUGGUGGUGUCCAUGCUCAACACAGCGCCCCUACCUGUUCACAGUGUGCAGCUGCAAGCUGCUGUGCCCAAGUCAAUGAAGGUCAAGCUGCAGCCUCCAUCUGGAACAGAAUUGGCAGCGUUUAAUCCAAUCCUACCUCCAGCCUCCAUCACACAGAUCAUGUUACUGGCCAACCCAACAAAGGAGAAGGUGCGUUUGCGCUACAAGUUGGCCUUCACACUGGGAGAGCGUUUGUGCAACGAGGUCGGAGAGGUGGACCAGUUCCCUCCACCAGAGACAUGGGGUCAUCUAUAGCAGGCCCUGCCGGCGCGCCGUGAAGGGGCAUUCAGCUGUAAUAUUUCAGCUAAACAUUCCUGCUAAGAUUUUCUUUUCACCACUGCUGCUCAUGUCAGUGAGUUCCAUGCAGCUCUUGUGCAAUAUUCUGCAGAUGGCAGACAACAAAAAAGCACUGGUAAAUAGGGCAGCCUCAUGUGUUAGUGGGUUUUCUCAAAGUACAGUAGAAUGCAUCUAAAUGUGCUCUGAACAGGAUCAUUUAUAAAAGCUUGGUUUAGUCACUGCCUGGGUUGGUUAAUGGACGAUUACAGUGACAUUUUCCAGAGGUGUGGUCAUUGUGACAGAGUUAAUUUUGGUGAUCUGAGUCUGCAUUGUAAGAUUUAUCAAAUGUUGACAUUUCACUGUCUCACUUUGUGAUGUCACAUGGUCUUAAUGGGAGUAAAUAACCAGAGGUUUUACUUGUGCUGUCCGUUGGCCGCGAUGACCUCGUUGGAGCUCUGAGUGCAGGUCUGCUUUAUUUAUUUCCCCACUUUCCUUUCUGUUGUAAAAUUGGAUUUUUGUGUCUUUUUGAUGUGUGUACUCUAGUGAGUUAUGUUGCAUUAUCUUAGCAGUGUUACAGAUUAACUAGAAGCACAUACCUCUGGGAAGGCUCAAAACCUACACUCUGCUCAAAAUGCACAUCUCACUUUUUUGUUUUGUUUUUUAGGAAUUUCCACCGG